AUGCUGACUCCGCCACUAGAUGUGAGGGUGCAGUUCGGCAUUCUCGGGGCUAUUUCACGAGUUACCAUUCUCGGCUCCGCGUCGCUAACAGAUCAGCGUGAUUGGGCGGGAACGGCAGUCGCGCUGGGAUACCAUGGCGUCGCGUUCAACGUCUUUAAGGGGCCCAACGAGAAGGUCGAGCCGCGCGAGCGGUGCGGCGUGAAGGCGGUUCCGAUGGACUUGCUGCAGGCGACUCGAGAGAGAGUGCGGCUCGCGCUGAAAGGAGCACAGCCCCUUCUAGACGAUAGCCCGUCAUUCACGCAGCUAGUGCGCAUAACAGCAACGGUGGAGGAGGGCGGCCCUGAGGUGAUAGCAGAGCGCCUGCCCACGGUGGUGGGGAUGGGAUAUGAUCUAGCAGCCGUGCAACCCUUAAGCAAUGACAGCUUUCUGUCUGCCUGCUUCAACAGCAAGGCAGACAUUGUUUCUUUUGACGUGUCCUGCUUCGUGCCUAGCCGACCCUCCCCUGCCGCCGUCAAAGCAGUGAUGCAGGCUGGUCGGGUGUUUGAGUUCUGCUACGGACCUGCCUUGAAGGAUCGCUCCUUACUGGCACCCCUGCUACAGGGCAUCAAGGAGGUCUCUGAGGUGACACGUGGCAAGAGCUUGAUACUAUCCUGUGGUGCCACAUCAGCACGACAGCUGAAAAGGCCUGCUGACGUGGCGGCCUUACUGGCACUGGCGGGACUGACACGUCAUCAGUUCCGCAUCAUCUUGUCUGUCACUCCUAAGAAGCUUCUGGCUCGUGCUGAGGCAAGGAGGCAGCAGAACCAGCAGCAGCGGUCCUGUGUGACCAUCCAUCUAUUAUCGCCAACACCGCAAGCGGCAGCUGUCAGACUGUGGACGGCGCCCCGGUUCGUGUUUGAUAUCCUCACUUCUGAAAGUUCUCAAAAGUGGCACCAGAUACCGCUGCCUCACCAAUGCCCCACCAAAUGUUCGCAUUGUACUGAUAAGGCUUUUGGAGGAGGUGGGGGUGUAGCUUCGGGGAAGGGAGGAGGUAAAGUUGGUGUUAAGAUCGGCGGUGGGAAUGCAAUCUCUGAUAUUGCACAUAUGGAUCGGAGCAGCAGCGGUGGUGGUGUUGGUGCUGCUGGGUGGGGAGCCGUAUGGGAGGGAGACAGCAUCGGCAUGGCAUCGGCUGCUGCUCUCACCAGCCACGUGGCGACAGCGUGUGUGACUCCUUCUGCCAGCCUGUCAUCGCGCUCAUCCAACGCGGUGUCAGCGAAACCACUAGGGUUACCACUGCUUCAUGCAUCGAAGCAGCAGCAGCGGCAAAGCAAAGCCGUUCAACGGUGCGUGGUGGUGAGAGCAGCAGCGGAGGAGGAAGGCGCCGCAGCCGCCGCCGCGGAACCCGCCAAGGGCGGCAUUAAACGGGAAGAGGAGAAGUUUGCAGUGAUCAACACGGGCAAGUGGGAGUGCAAGUCGUGCGGGUACAUCUACGAUCAAUACAAAGGCGAUCCAUCUUAUCCUGUUGCCCCGGGUGUGGCUCUCACGGAGCUUCCUGACGACUGGCUGUGCCCCACGUGUGGGUCGGCGCCUUCUUCAUUCGGCAGCCUAAGCAAGGAGCUAGCAGGGUUCGCCCAGAACCAGGCCUACGGGCUGGGAGGCAACUCCCUCACCUCGGCUCAGAAGGGCCUUCUCAUCUGGGGCUCGAUUGGAAUGGCUUUCUUGGGUUUCGUUUCUGGGUACUUCCUGGAGUAG